CCGCCGGCGGCGGUUCUGCGGAUACAUGGGCACGGACAUUUGCCCCCUAUCUGACGAAAUACAUCCCCGGCAACCCUGAAAUCGUGAUCGCCAAUCGAGCGGGCGCCGGCGGCCUGAUCGUGGCCAACUACCUACAGGAAAGCGCAACGCGCGAUGGGCUCGAGAUGGGCACCCUGCAGCGCAACAACUUUCUUGCGCCCCUGCUUGCCGUGGAGGAAGACGUUCCGUUCGAUCCGACCAAGGUUACCCACCUCGGUAGCUUGAGCCGCGAAAUGCAGGUCUUGUUCACAUACGGACCCGAGCCGAUGGUCAACACCCUGGAGGAGGCGCUCAACACCCCGCUCAUCCUGGGCGGCACAGCCAUCACCGAGGAAAAUGUUACCUACCCGAUGCUUGUCAAUGAACUGGCCGGCGCUCAGUUCGAAAUCAUCAGCGGGUAUGGCUCGAGCGACGAGACUUAUCUUGCCAUCGAACGUGGAGAAGUCGAUGGGCGGGCUGCGUCGUAUGACAGCACCCUGCGUGGCAACCUCGAAAGAUGGACGAACGAGGGCCUGCUGCACAUCUUCAUGCAGUUCGGGUUCGAGCGCGAUCCCGCCUUGCCUGAGGUCCCCACAGUAAUGGAGGCAAUCGGCGACGACCCCAAUGCGGCAUCCCUGGUUCGACUGAUGCUCAUACCACAGGAGCUGGGUCGGCCGUUCGUCUUGCCCCAAGGCGUCCCCGAAGACCGGGUUGCAGCGUUGCGCGAGGCGUUCGAGGAGGCUGCACAUGACCCCGAGUUCCAGGAGCGGGUAGCUGCAUUCGGCUCCUCCAUUCAGCUGGUGGAUGGCGAGGAAAUACAAGCCAUGUCCGAGGAAAUCAUGGCCACCAGCCCCGAAAUUGUCGAGCGUGUGGUGGGUGGCGGGGGUUGGCGUUCGGCGCCAGGGAGUUAUCAAUUGGAAGCGUAUACCGAUUUCGGGAUGCUGGCUGCCGCGGGGGACGCCCUUGUCAUCAUCCUCACACCCGAGCGGCUCGGUUUUUUGUGCAUAGGCGUGCUGGCCGGCCUUGUCAUCGGAAUCCUGCCAGGCAUUGGCGGCCUUACCGGCUUUGCCCUUCUGAUGCCUUUCACAUUCACAAUGGAGCCGUACUCGGCUUUUGCGAUGCUGCUCGGGAUGGCAUCGGUUACGGCAACCAGCGACACCAUUCCUGCCAUCCUCUUCGGUAUUCCGGGAACCGCAGCAUCACAAGCAGUCGUUAUCGAAGGGCGACCGAUGACGGAACGGGGCGAGGCGGGCCGCGCGUUGAGUGCGGCUUAUUCGGCAUCGCUGCUCGGCGGACUGUUCGGUGCCCUGAUACUCGCGGU